AUUAUUCUGUACCUGCUGACUAUGCUAAUUUUUUAUAGUAUGAGGUUUGCUCCUCAAACUUCUCAAAUAAAAAGAAAACUAACUGGUUUUGUAACAGACCGCUUGAUCCACCACAAGAAACGAGUAGAAGAAUGGCUGCGUUAAAAAUGGAGUUGACUGAUUCCCUCACCGUCCAGCCAAUUAUAACUGAUUGUGGAAAUGAUUUUGAUGACGUUUUGUCGGAAUUAUCUUCUAGUUCUCCUCUAAUAUGUUGCACACCUCCUACCGACCCAAGUGAGGAUGAAUGUAUUAUACCGAAUAGAGUAGUAAAUGAGGAUUGGUCAAUAGAUGAGAAUGAGAGUUUCGAUGAUCAUUCACCUUUACAUUCAACAGAUACUACUGAUGAUCCUGAUUACUCUCCAUCUAAGGAAUUUCUUGCAUUGGAAGAGUCUUCAGGAUUUGAUAAUCUUUCUGAUGAGAAGGAAUUGCAGAGCUUUGAAAGGCCUCAGAAUGAAAAUGAAGAAAACGUCGAAUCUACCAGUCAUGAAGUUUCUACCAGUACAUCAUCUACUAGGAUUAGAGAUCUUCAAAUGAAAAAAAAUUCCGUGUAUUGUUACUUUUGUGAAUCUUACGUUAUACAUUUCCCCAGGCACUUAUUUAGGAAUCACGCGAGUGAAAUGGAGGUACAGAGAGUCCAAGCGCUACCUCCACGUAGUAAAGAUAGGUAUAAUCUACUAUUAGAUUUAAGAAACAAGGGGAAUUAUUUAAACAGCAACGAAUUUGCUAAGCCAGUACGACAGGGUAAACUGGAUUCAAAUUAUCUACCUUGCACAUACUGCUUUGGAUUCUAUUCUACAAGGAAUUUAUGGCGACAUCGAAAAUAUUGUGCUGGAAAUCCGAGUAAGGGAAAAUCACAAUAAAAUGUCCGAGGCGAGGGACAAAACUUAUUGCUCGGGCAUUUGAGAACAGAUCCACAUUUAGCAUCUGUUGUAUUUUCUCGAAUGAGGGCAGAUCACAUUUCACUUGUAGCAAAAAAGGAUGUUCUCAUAUGUGCCUUUGCUUCAAGAUACUUGAAAAUUCACAGGGAGAAACACUUCAUUACAGUCGCAUCACGAAAAAUGAGAGAACUAGCAAGACUCUUGAUAGAAGUUAGGAAAAUUGAACCCGCUAUAUUAACACUUUUGAUGCCCUAAAACCGGUAAACUAUGAUACUCUUGUUUCUGCCACACAAAAUGCCUCAAAAUAUGACAAAAAAACCCAGUCAUAUCAAGCACCUACGUUUGCUCUCAAUAUGGGUACCACAUUGCACUCGUUCAGGCAUUGAAGAAGUCGGCAGUGCUUUCAUCUGUCCAGUCUGCUGAUAUAGAAGCAGACCUUAAAACAUUAAUUCAGAUCAUCGAGGGAAACUGGAGAUUUGAUGUUUCAAGUCAGGCUGCAACGGAUCUGAACAUACAUAGAUGGAAUAAGGUCACUUUAGUACCACUGGCUGGAGAUCUUAAAUUAUUGAAAGAGUGCUUACUGAAAGAAGCUACUUCGGCAGUAUCUAUGCUGCAAGCUAGCAGGCAUGACAAAAAGGCCUAUAUCAAGUUGAUUGAGACAGUCUAUUGCAGAUUAUUGCUUCUGAACAGACGCCGCCCUGGAGAACUCCAAAGAUUACUGCUCAACACAUACACAUCAGCUAUGAGCAACGAAAAUAAACAAGCAUACGAGGAAUUUUCGGAAGUAAUUUCUGCAACGGAAAGGUGCUUAAUGAAUAGCUUCAAAAGAAUAGUGAUAAAAGGGAAAAGAAAUAGAGGCGUUCCAGGACUAAUCAGCAAAGACAUAAGUGAACACAUUAACAUUAUUUUAAAAUGCCGAAAGGAUGUUGUUCAGAAAGAAACGGCUUAUCUUUUCGCAAAUCCAGAUUCUGGAGAUCCUCUUGUUGGUUACAAAGUGCUCAGGAAAUACGCAACACUUUGCGGGGCAGAAAAUCCAGAUGCUCUCACGUGUACACGGUUGAGAAAACAUCUAGCCACGCUUACACAAUUAUUUAACAUGAAUGAAAAUGAUAUGGAGCAGUUAGCUUCCUUCA